CGGUGCCGCCCGGUCCCGCCAUGGAGUCCAGCGGGGCCCAGAACUGCCCCGGCACCUGCCUGGCCUUCAGCCGCACCCGCAAGGGGCUGGUGCUCAUCGGCGAGAUCGUGCUGUGCCUGCUGACCCUGGUGUGCUUCGGGGCGUCGCGCUCGGGCUACGCGGGGCUGGCGGCCGUGCAGAUGGUGUUCGCUGCCCUGGUGCUGCUGGCCUGGAGCUGCCGCCUGCCGCCACGGCUGACCGGGCUGCACUGGGGCUGGACCGACUUCACGCGCUGCCUCAUCGGGGCUCUGCUCUUCCUCAUCUGUUCCCUCAUCGUCAUCGUGGGCCACCGCGACGGCGCCGGCAUCGCGGGAGGGGUGUUCGGGAUCCUGGCCGGGGUCCUGCUGGGCUAUGACGCCUACAUCACCUUCCCCAUGCGGAGGGGCCACAGCGCCGCCCCCACUGGUGUGUACUGGGAGCACUGGGAAGGGGGGGUGCUGCCCUGUGGGGGCUUGGGGAUCCCCAGAGGGUUUGGGGGUCCCCGGGGGGUGUAACUAACCCCCCACUUUGUCCCCUCUCCAGAGUCCCCCAGACGGUGCCUGAACAAGCCAAGAACCCCAACGGAGACCUCCCCCCCCGGCACAGGGGGACCCCCAGCCUUAAAUAAUUAUUGAGGGGUCCCGACGCCUGGGUCCCCCCCCGGGGAGGGGGGCAGGGGUAGAUCUGGGGGUCCCACAGGAGCUGCCCCUCCCUCAAACGCCUUUCGCAAGUGCCUUGAACCGCCCCGUGCCUCAGUUUCCCCGCGGGGAGACCCCCUCAGGUUUAAAGGCGCCCUUGGCCCCUCACGGGUUUUGGGGUGCCCGCCUCAGUUUUUGGGGUGCCUCCGUUAGUUUUUUGGGGUGUUCCCCUCCUCACACUCUCCCAGCCUGCGGGAGGCUUUUGGGGGCAAUAUAUUGAGAAAUAAAGGGUUUUUAUUACUGCA